AUGUGCUCUCAAGCCAGAGAUUGGCUUUGUCGUGCGUUCUUCACCAAGGCACUCCUUCGUUCACUUCGACAUACGGGGCUUUCACCCAGAGGUUAUGGGGGCAGGAUGUCGGUCAAGUCUAGAUCCAUGGCCUGCUCGCUUUCUACAUGCUCAUCGAGUUGGGGCUUUCAGAGGGAGGUUGUCAUCAACGUAUUCACCAAGGACCGGGUCCUCACGUCCAUCAACGCCAUGGCAGGCUUCUACUUCACCAUACGCUCAAACCUUCGGUUUUCUCAUACGGCUCUUCUGUUGUCAUAUCUCUCUUUGUCUAGAUGUCUCGAAUUACGAUCGCACGAGGAGGAGUUUUUGCAGCAGAGGUUGACUUACCCCAUCGGCGACAUUUAUGUUGCUGUGAGCUAUAACAACGUUCUGAGCGCCCUGGAGGGCUUUUGGUUGGCUCACGUUGGAGAUGUCUCAACAUUCUGUCACUUGUUCUAUGGGCGCUCGGAACCGGUUAAGAGAGGCGUAAAUGUUUCUGCGCAAGACUCAGAUAACGCUAUCCAGAGGAUUCAAUGCGUUGUCGCUAAUGUUCGUAUGUAUCUUUGGUUUGAUUUUUUUCUCGCCGUCGAUGGACUAGGCGAGUACACAUCAGGAACUAGGGAUCAAUGCGGUGGCGGGAGCUCGAACUACAAACGUGGUGGAGAUUCACGCAACGAGCGUGGGGGAGGCUUGCAUCACCAGCAAGACGACUCAGACCAAACUACACACCGCACCUUCACGUCGGUGGCGUCACCGUCGAUCCCUCAACCAACUCAUGGAGACAGGGCCCCUCAAGCUCAAGUGCUACUCCUUCAUUAUCUGGGCCGACCUAGCUCAAUCGUUCUUGAGGGCUUGGGAUGGGCGAGUUUUUCGGAUUGUGGAGUUGGUUGCCUCCACCAAGCGGGUGGAGUGGAGUGGAGUCUCUUCAACCCCCUCUUCUUGCCAUCCCUUUCUUCCCUCCCCGCCUCCUCCCCUCAUCCCCCCUCGUGUCUACUUUCGAAUUCUCUUCUUCACGUCGCUAACGCCUCUUCUCCACAACUUCCCCCAGCUGAUGCAUAUACACUCCCAACGUUACACGUCCACCAUCUGCUGCUCCGAUCGGGUCUCGGGACGCGUCUCUACGGGCAUGUGGCAUACAAAUGGAAAGGUGUUUGCACGUCCUCGAUCCGAGCCGUGCAGCUGCUCAGUCUUCAAGCCCGUUCUUCCAAGAACAAGGUCGAGGAUGGAAUGGUGGUAGCAGUGACUCCCUCCCUCCUUACAUGUCACCCUCAUGGCAUCUAUCAAAAUCACGAAACGCGGUUCCAUAGGGCAAUGUUUUGUGCGAGCUCAGCCAACCAGUGUUCGGCUGAUGAGUUGGUUCCUCAGCUGGAUGAAAGGGUUGGGGUUGGAACUGGAGAGCUUCAGGCUACUUUGAAGGCAUUUGCCUUCAGAAAGAGGGAGGUUGUACCGAGAGACGAGGGUUAG